AUGGGGGAGGAUGAGAUAGAAAUGGAGGGAGAAAAUGGACAGAGAGAAGGGGCAGGAGAGGAUGGUCAGAGAUUUGAGGAGGGAGAUAUAGGCAGAGGGGAGGUGGAGGAGAUGACAGAAGAAAGUGUGGUGGAGGAGAAGACCCUUCCUGCAGACAUGAACAGUAGGGGGCUGCUCCAGUCAGCUACACGGGGGUCAAUGGAGGAAGUGCAGGUGCUGCUUGGGGCUGGUGCUGAUGUGGGGCACAGAGGAUGGACCAUGUGGACCGCUCUACAUUAUGCAGCGAAGCAGAGACAUGCUGAUAUUGUGAGGUGUCUGAUCGGGAAUGGGGCAGAAGUGGAUGCCAGGACCGAUGUGAGGCAGACGCCUCUACAUUUGGCUGCAUGGAGAGGCCAUGCGGCAGUGGUGCGGCUGCUGGCAGCGUCCUCGGCCGACGUCGAUGCCAAGGAUCAGUGGGGUAGGACGCCUCUGCACUGGGCGGCACCCUACGGCAACGCAGAGGCGGCGAUGGCGCUGCUGGAAGCAGGGGCCGAUAGGGACGCCAAGGAGGACGCAGGGAACACCGCACUGGACUUAGCAAGAGUGAACAAGCGACAAUGGAUGGUAGAAAUCCUAUCUAGCAUUCCAACAAACGACUGUGAUGUGAACUAA